UAUCCAUGACUGAAAUUGUAAAUAAUCUGUAGAAAAGAAUGAAAAAUAUUCGAAAUUUAAAUAUAUUAAUAUAUUUGUGAUAUAUGUGUCUGUUGAAAAAGAAAAUAGCUAUUUUUUUAAUUGUUGUUAUACAUUAAAAGUCGUGAAUUUGAAAUUUGCACCUUUGCUCUGGUUUUAAUUUUGAAUGUUGUUUGAAAUCGAUCAAGUUAUGAACAUUAGCUUGCUAGCUUAUCUCUGAAAUUCAAUGUCAUGCUUGCCUGAUUGUGGCUGUCCUAAAGGUGUACAAGAAACUACUGUUGAAGGUGAUAUUGCUCAUGACGAAUCUGCCUAUAGACCUCUAUCGGAAUCAAUUCCUCUUUUACCCAAAGAUUCCACCAUGAUCACAUAUGAAGCAGAUGCUUCUCAGUAUGCACUUCUGGCAAUAAUUGGGAAAGGGUUAAGAGAUGCUGCAACUAUAUCUGCUGCACAGCACAUUCCAACUGGACAAAAAGUAGCUGUUCGUAGAAUAAAUUUGGAUUCCUGUCCAGAAGAUGUCGCAUAUGUUCAGAAAGAAAUUUUGGUUACAAGACAGUUGCGGCAUGAAAAUCUUUUACCAUAUUUUUGUUCUUUUGUGUAUCAAAAUGAAGUUUGGGCCGUUAUGCCUUUAAUGACAUAUGGAUCAGCAAGAGAUAUUAUGUAUUCUCAUUUUUCAGAUGGUCUACCAGAACUUGCCAUAGGAUUAAUUUUAAAGGAUAUUUUAGCAGCUCUGGAUUAUGUACAUAAAAGAGGUUAUAUUCAUAGAAGUGUGAAAGCAAGUCAUAUCUUGAUUUCCUCAUCCGGAAGAGCUUUAUUAUCUGGUAUGCGUUAUUCUUGCAAUGUGAUUAACAAUGGUAAGUGGCAAAACGUUAUACAUUCAUUUCCUCCAGAUUCAGCGACAAAUUUAAACUGGCUCAGCCCAGAGUUAUUGGAACAGAAUUUAAUGGGUUAUAAUGCAAAGUCAGAUGUGUAUAGUUUAGGUAUUACUGCAUGUGAACUAGCAAAUGGCAUUGUUCCAUUUGCUGAAAUGCCACCUACUCAAAUGCUACUUGAAAAACUACAAGGUUACCAUCCAAGGCCAUUAGAUGCUCGUACUUAUUAUGAUAAUGAUGAAACUCAAUCACAGAGCCAUUUAGGAGAUGCUUAUAGGAUGAGACAGUUCUCUGAUUCAUUUCAUAUAUUCACUGAAUUAUGCUUACAAAGAGACCCUAAUAGGAGACCUACAGCAACACAGCUUCUUCGACAUUUAUUUAUAAAGCAAAGUAAAAAAUCUAACAUAGCAUUGCAGGACAUCUUAGCUAUGGUAACUCCAAUCUCUGAUCAUGUUACACUGCCUAAAGAAGAUGGUGACAAGCUUUCAUUAGAAAAUAAAUUUCAAGACUUGACUUUAAGUGAUCCUUGGAACUUCUAAAUUUCAUUACAAUAAUGCAUUCUGUACAUAAAUUAUUCUAUUUGUUUGCAUUCUUCAGUUUUUUUAUUAUUAUUAUUAUUUUGUUAGAUGAGAGCUACUGCUGUAUGUACAGCAUUUUAACUUAAAUAUAAUGUAUCUGCUUUUAAAAUGUCUAUCCAUGGUAGGAAAUAUCAGCAAUAAAAGAAAAGUAAAAAUUUUAAAACCUAGUCAAAUGAUUUGUGAUAAAAAUAAUAUAUAUUUUAUUAACUUGUAAUUCUUAUUAAAAAAUCAAAUUGUUAUUUAUGCAAAAACUACAACUUCUGUUAUUGUAUUAAUUUUAAUUAUGAAGAAUUUUUUUUCUCUAGACAUUACCUUAUCAUUAUCUGAAAUUUAAGCAUUUAACAUACAUUUU